AUGUCGAUUGAUCAUGCCGAAACGAAAGUAGCUUGCAAGAUCAUCCAUAGAUCUGCUGAUCUUGUUGAUACAGCACUCACAAACAUAGAGGGAAAGAUGAAACAGAAUUGGAAAUGUGCAAGUGUAGAUGAAAAGCGAUUCCCAAAAAUCAACAAAUAUGUGACGCCUACAAGAAAGAUGCGUGAAGAUCUUCAACCAAAUUUGGUGGAGACCGUUGUAAGUGAUUAUGAAUAUGACGAAGAACGGAAGGAAAUUUCUGAUAACGAAGAAUAUUCCGAUGAUGAAGAUUCCGAAAUUGAGAUAAACGAAAAUACUCUUGAAUCCUUUGAUGAGACAGAUCAACUCAUUGAAUCAGAAUAG